AUGUUGCACUACCACAACGCGGGUUCGAGUCCCGGUGAGGGUUCCGAUGAGACCAAUUCGGGCGAGGUGAAAGCCGCAAUCCAGUUCACUCAGGUCGGAAGGAGAAUAUCUUUUAAAGAACGUAAGCUCGACUCAUCUGCUUGCGGGCAAAUCGGCCUAGCACUCCUUUAUCAUCUUAACCGAAAUGGCGUUUUGCAAAGAUGCAACCACAACUCGAUCUGCUCCCUUCGCUCUACUUACCGAGCCUGCUCCAGGUCCCGGUUGACCAUUGUUCAAUCGGUUGGUGGGUUGUUGCAUCAGGAUCAGGCCAAUCAGCUGAUUGGCCUGCGCUGCUGCCUUGGCAACCGUCAGAUGGACACCGUCCGCGCGAGCGGCGGAGAGCAGCGCCACUGCGUCCGAUUGUGCAGAGCCGACGAGCGUCUGGCCCUCAAUCGCCAACAGCUGGUCGCCCGGAGACAGCCGGCCGUCGCGAUGGGCAGCACCAUUCGGUACCACGGCUUUGACGUAAAUGCCGUACUGCUUCUCCGGGCCCUCGGCCUGCAUGUGUGA